AUGAAGCUUAUCGCCGCUUACCUCCUCCUCCAACAGGGUGGCAACGCCUCCCCCUCCGCCGCCGACAUCAAGGCCCUCCUCGAGACCGUUGGUAUCGAGGCUGAGGAGGACAGGCUCUCCAAGCUCAUCUCUGAGCUCGAGGGCAAGGACAUCAACGAGGUAUGUCGGGAUCAGGAGAGCAAGACUGGGCCAUUGGAGUAUGCGGGACCUGAAAAGGAGAAGAAGAAGGAUGGCCUGGUCAUCGCCGAGGGUGCUUCCAAGCUCGCCUCCGUUCCCUCUGGUGGUGCCGCUUCCUCCGCUUCUGUUGGUGGUGCCGCCGCCGCUGCCGGUGGUGACGCCCCUGCCGCCGAGGAGAAGAAGGAGGAGGCCAAGGAGGAGUCUGACGACGACAUGGGCUUCGGUCUCUUCGACUAA